AUGGCAUCCACAACUAUAGAACCCGAAAUGGACGUUGGUGUUCCCGAACCUCGGGGCACGAAACGCCCCAUCGAUGAGAAUGAGGGUCCUCGUAAACCUAAAAAGAUCAGGGCGCUCGAUCCAGAUGUUGUGAACAAGAUUGCAGCAGGAGAAAUCAUUGUUGCUCCCAUGCAUGCACUCAAAGAAUUGAUAGAGAACGCAGUUGAUGCUGGGUCAACGUCAGUAGAGAUUCUUGUCAAGGAAGGAGGUCUCAAGCUGCUCCAAAUCACAGAUAAUGGCCAUGGGAUAGAUCGCGAUGACCUGCCCAUUCUCUGCGAGAGGUUUACAACCUCGAAACUCAAAGAGUUCGAGGACCUCACGUCAAUAGCCACGUAUGGCUUUCGUGGCGAGGCUCUAGCCAGUAUAAGUCAUAUCGCCCAUCUCACCGUUACCACAAAGACGGCAGAUUCAAGCUGUGCUUGGAGGGCUCAUUACGGCGAUGGCAAGCUAGUGCCCCCAAAGCCAGGGCAGCCCGCGGCACCCAAAGCUACUGCAGGGCGUGGGGGGACACAAAUCACAGUUGAAGAUCUAUUCUAUAACGUGCCUACCAGACGCAGAGCAUUCCGUUCCGCUAGCGAAGAGUACGCCAAGAUCCUCGAUGUAGUCGGCCGCUACGCCGUACACUGCUCUGGAGUUGCAUUUUCAUGCCGCAAAUAUGGUGACGCUGGCGUCAGCAUAUCUACGGCCGUUGCUCUCAAUACAAUCGACCGAAUCCGCCAAAUCCACGGAAGCGCAGUAGCCAACGAGCUCGUCGAGUUCAGCGCCAAGGACGAGAAACUGGGAUUCUCGGCAACCGGACUCGUCACGAACGCAAACUACCAUGUUAAACGAACCACAAUACUUCUCUUCAUUAAUCACCGCUCAGUCGAGUCCACGGCUAUCAAGCGAGCCAUCGAACAAACAUAUUCUAGCUUCCUCCCCAAAGGCGGCCACCCCUUUGUCUACAUCGACCUCGAAAUCGAACCACACCGUCUAGACGUAAACGUGCAUCCGACGAAACGAGAAGUCAACUUCCUCAACGAAGAUGAAAUCAUCGACACUAUUUGCGCAGAAAUCAGGACCAAGCUCGCCGAGGUCGACUCCAGCCGAACAUUCCUAACCCAAACACUCCUCCCCUCCGUGCAAACCCUCGGCCCAUCACAUUCAACCCAGGCCCAAGACCCAGAUACAGCACUCAGAACACCCGCGCCAACAAAGAAGCCAUACGAACACAACCUCAUCCGCACCGACUCCCGCGUCCGCAAAAUAACCUCCAUGCUCUCACCAGCAACCGCAACCCAACAACCCACCCCCGACGACCCAGAAGCAGAACCCCCAUCCACCCAAACAGUCCUCGACGAAGGCCUCACCUACACAACAACAGACCGCGAACCGCUAAAGAUAGCGCUGACAUCCGUGAAAAACCUCCGCGCCCAAGUCCGGGACUCAAUGCACACUCCUCUAACCGAAACUAUCGCCUCACACACCUACGUCGGCCUCGUCGACGAACAGCGCCGCAUCGCAGCCGUGCAGGCCGGCGUGAAGCUCUACCUCAUCGACUACGGCAUGUUCUGCAACGAGUUCUUCUACCAGCUGGGCCUUACAGAUUUCGGGAACUUCGGCACAAUCAGGUUAGAGCCGCCUCCUAAACUCGUUGAUCUGCUGAGAAUUGCGGCGGAGGGGGAACUCGAAGCUGCUACGCAGGAGCAGCAACACGCCGACACAGAAGAACAACGCUCGAUCUUCGCCAACGCCCCGGACCUCGUCGCGAAGACACUCCUCGAGAGAAGAGAGAUGCUCUCGGAAUACUUCUCCAUCCAUAUCUCUGACGGCGGGCACCUCCUUACCCUGCCGCUCUUGCUGAGGGGGUAUCUUCCGUGCCUGGGUAAACUCCCGCGGUUCCUGCUUAGAUUAGGUCCGUACGUCAACUGGACGAGCGAGCAGGAUUGUUUCCGCACGUUUCUGUCUGAACUAGCCGCGUUUUAUACACCGGAGCAGUUGCCUAGGCCAUCGCCACCAGGGCCGCAGGGUCAGAAUCAGGAGGACAUGGGCUCGGAUAAUACCGAAUCCGGUGCCGAAGAUGAGUUCGUCACUAAGCGGAGGGCCCAGAUGGCGAGGAUGCUGGAGCAUGUAGUCUUCCCUGCGUUGAGGGCGAGGCUGGUGGCUACGACAAGGCUGCUUAGGGGUGCUGUGGAGGUGGCUGAUCUAAAGGGUUUGUAUAGAACCUUUGAGCGCUGUUGA